AUGAAGACAGCAACCCUACUAUUUCUCGCGGCAGGUCUUACCCAAACGCAAGCAUUCCCAUCACAAGGAGCAGCACCGCAUCCACUACCAUGGUCCCCUCCUGGCCCUAACGAUGUACGCGCCCCCUGCCCAAUGCUCAACACCCUCGCCAACCACGGCUACCUCCCGCACAACGGCAAAAACAUCACCGAGCAACACACAAUCAACGCCCUCUACAACGCCCUCGGCAUCGACGCAGAACUCUCCGCAUUCCUCCACCAAGAAGCAGUAACCACCAACCCAACCCCCAACGCUACUACCUUCUCCUUGAAUGAUCUAAGCCGUCAUGAUAUCCUCGAGCAUGACGCCAGCUUGAGCCGCCAAGACGCCUACUUCGGCGACAACCACGACUUCAAUCAAACCAUCUUCGACGAAACCCGCUCAUACUGGACCUCCCCUAUCAUCGACGUGAAGCAGGCUGCUCUGUCUCGCCAAGCACGUGUGAAUACCUCUAUGGCUACGAAUCCGAAUUAUACCAUGUCCGAGCUGGGUGCGUCGUUCAGUUAUGGGGAGACGGCGGCGUAUAUUAUUGUUCUUGGGGAUAAGGAGAAUGGGUUGGUGAAUCGGUCGAGGGUGGAGUAUCUUUUUGAGAAUGAACGUCUUCCGCUGGAUUUAGGGUGGACUCGUGCGAAGGAGAAUAUCACCUUUGAUGAUUUGAGAACGAUGUUGAAUAGGAUUGUUAAUGCCACCGGUGGGGAGAGUGAGUUUGAUAGGGAGUUGGCGAAGAGGGGUGGGGUGCAUGUUGGGAGGUGGAGGGGGUACUAG